UCAAGGGGCCGCCGGCCGACAUUGUCCUCCCGCUCGUCAAUAAAUUAUAAUGUCCUAAUACCAAUUGACAGCGACGGGAGCGUUGGCGGCAUGAAUAAAAUAUCAAAAGCAUUUCGGGGCCCCAAGGUCUGGCGUUAUCAUCAGCGAAUGAGCGGAGGCAAUUCUCCGGUGUGCCGAUGCUUAAGUUGAUUUUAUUUUUCGUAUCUGGCUCACACAUCCCCUUGCGUUUAUUAAAUAUUCAGCGUUUAUGCGCAACAACACAAAAGUCGUUGCUCUCGCUUUCGCCCUUUGCUCCCAUUUUUCCAAGCUUUCCGUUCUUUGUAAGGAACAUCUCAAGCUGAGCGCCAAAACAAUCCUAAUGUACAUUGACAGUGUGGUCGAAGGCGAAGCUCUUGCUGGGCCACAUAGCCAUCCAGCCAACCAGCCAGCCAGCCAUCCAGCCAUCCAGCCAUUCAUUCAACCAUCCACCCAUCCAACCAUCCAGCAAUAGCGUCUACAUCCACAUCCAUAUCCGCCCAGCGGGCUUAGCGAGUCAUGUUUACUUAAUGGAUACGCCAGACAACUAUUAAGUGCUCCCCAAGCUCCCGGCGAUUCUUAUUUACCAGGCAGGCACGGCCAGGCGCAUAUUAGAUUUAAUAUGGCCAUGUCAGUUAGCCACAUUAUCUGUAUUUGUAUUUGCAUUAAAGCACGACUUUAGCUGCAGCUAAGUUGGCUGCGGGAAUUAAGAGCACCCUGCUGAAGCCAUUAUGCGCACUUAUUAUCGCUCGUGGAGGGACACUGGCCCGAAUUAGCCCCUGAAAUCGGGACUUGACUGUCCCCCGGGGGAAACCUGCACUGGGUUUAUCUCGAAUGCCCCAUCUCCAGUCCAUUACCCUUCCCACAGGACAACAAAGGAAUUCCGCGCAAAGCUGGCCUCGCCCAGAUUCCUCUGCUUUCCUUUUUAAUUUUAAUGCGUAUCUUCCUGCUGCAGGACACGGCGGAAAGCGGCAGGUGGCGAAGGUGAAGGCAGUGCCCGAGGCCAGAAAAGCGAAUUAAGCCGAGUUGAAGAGCGGGUAACAGACACCGCCAGCGGGCGGUCCAAAAAGCCAACUUCAUUUACGUCUGAAACGCAGUUGAAACGAACGACUUCACGACACUGGCGGAUUUCCUAAAAAACAUCCAAUCCCUGUGGCUAACGAGCUGGCUCGGGAGGACCAAGCGGAGCACCGGAAUCGGAAUCGGAGGAAUCGGAGGAACCAGCGGAGGAAUCGCUGGCCACGAGAAGCGCUCAGUCAACGUUUACACGCUCCAGCAGCCGCACAAGUUUCCGCCUCAAUUGGACGAGCACGGCGGCGGUAAUUGCAGCUCCGCCUGCCAACAGGAGCUGGACAGGAUCCCGGCGAUUCCCGGCGAAGCGGCGUCCCGCCAGCAAUCAGCACUUUCCUCGGCGGCGGCUGGGGAGGUCUACGAAACCCGGUUCAUGGAGAGCUCGAUGGCGCAAGCGAUGGACGACAUGGUCUUCGAGUGCAGCAAUCAAAACUCGAUUUAUGUGCUUAAUGCCAGCUACGGUGCAUAUGGGGUGAGUCCUUGCGCUGCGGCGAGUCCACUUGCACCACUGUCUGAGCUUCUUUCGUCCUCUUUCCGGUUUUGGCCCGUCCUUUCCCCCGGCAUGCACCCAAUUUAUCUACCAUCUUGGCAGGACUAUGGCACAUAUGCACCAACAAAGCGUGAAAUAAAUGGCAGCCGGAGCCGGGCGGCAAAUCCAAUUGAGGCAACUUGCUCGAGUGGCGUCCUGCAGCAUAAAUUCAAAACUUUUGGCAGUGCUCUGGCAACAGCAACCACAACAACAACAACAGCAGCAGCUGCAGCAGGAGGAGCAGGAGGAGCAGGAGGAGCAGGAAUAGUGGAUGCGGCAGCGGGAAGCGCAUCAAACUACGUAAAUCCUGUCGCUACAUCAAUGUCAACCGCAAUGUGUUCACCGGCAACGGCGGCUCUGCAAAAAUUGUUCAAUUGCAGCGUCGGCGUUGCCUGCCAAAAUGUCAGCCACGGCCACAGCAACCACAGCAACAGCAACAGCAGCAGCAGCGGCAGCAACAGCAACAUCAGCGGAAGCAGCAACAUCAGCGGAAGCAGCAACAUCUGCAACAACAAUAGCAACCAGAACAAUAGCUGCCUGUCAGCGGCAGGCGGAGUAACCCAAAACGGCCGGAUUCGGAGCCGGAGUGGCGAAUCGCUCGAUGGCACAGCAGGAGCUCCUGGCGGAGGAGCUGGUGGCCUCCCACUGAUGCCGAAGAAGAAAUGCACCAAUGUCAAAUCAGCGCUUAUUGCCAAGAAGACAAAGUUUCUCAAAUAUCUCGAAGAGGAAAAAUGGCGCAGCCACGCCGGAGCACCGGAAGAUGCUGGUGCCAUCAGCAAUGAGGCGGAGCCACCCGGCGGCAACAACAGCGGUGGCCACUUGAAAAAUCAGAGCAACAGUCGGGAGGCUGCGAGCGGAAACGGAAACGGUGGCGGUGGCGGUGGCACUGCUGCUGGUGUUGCUCCUGGCGGAAGGCAGCUGAAUAAAUUGACCAACUGGAGCAUGCAUAAUGAGCACAACAACACACUGCUGACCGGCCAGCAGCCACAACAACAGCAACAGCAGCAACAACAGCAACAACAACAACAACAACAGCAACUACAACUACAACAGCAGGUGAAAUCAAGUUUCGAGCUUUACCAGGAGGCAGCGGACAUUUUGGGCCUGAGUUGCAGCCUCUGUGAUAAUUGCCGAUGCCUCGACUGCCAGAGCGGCUACUUUGACUGCGACGACGAUGACGAGAGCUACUCGGAGCAGUCCCUGAUGGACGACGAGUUCGAGGAGUUCGAGUGCAGUGCGGAGGAGCUGCGGGCGGCGCUGACAGGAGCCCGGGGGCAAGACGUCCCCCGGAUCCCCUGCUGCCCGCUGGACGGGAGCUCCCACCUGGCGCACAAGAGCGACUCCCCGGCGGAGUCGCUGGGCCAUCGGCUGGCCAUCGACUUUGAUUUAAUUAACGCCACCUGCACCCAGGUGCUGGAGAACUGUGAAACAUUCAACGAUCUGAGUCUGCUGGAUGCCGCCGCCGGGCCCGAGCGUCCUUUCACGUAAAUCCAGGUGACGACGCAGGUGGGGAUGGAGCACCCAAUCAGGAGGCGGACACUGCAGCUAAUUAAAGUUUAACAAUGGUCAGAGCCCAUUAAUUGCAACUGACACCUUGUACAGCGGCCGCCAAUUGUAUGCGGACACGCUCGCCCCGGGUGUUUGCGUUUCAUUUAUUUUCUUAUUUUGAUUUCAAUUAAGUUCGGGUCAAAACAGAGCAGGCGGAGUUGCAAAAGUGUUUUACUGGUUAACAGGAGAGCUUUCGCUGCCAUAUAUCCUAUUUAAACACGCGAUAUAUACCUGUGUAUAUAGCGGGCACUAUGCAAACGCAUGACGGAACGGUCAACAAAUCGUAAAUAAAUUAAUUGCGAAUUGCAAUUGCAAUCGGGAGAGCGGAAAUUCAAUUGCAGCGAAACACUAGCGAAAGUCGGAAACGUUCCGGCGAUUAUCAGUAAAUAUAAACCACAUAUGCAAAAACAAUGGAAAACAAAUUGUGCCAAUUUCAUAUUCAUAUAUGAAUGUUAUUCGAGUCGCAUCGCAAUGAAUUGCAAACCAAAACGAAAUACAAUGGGAUUAUUUAGCCCGUAAUCCGACAAGGAAAACUAUUUGAAAAUUCAAUAAAAUAUGUAUCUCUAAAUCUAUGUAAAGGUUCGAUGUUGGUAGUGCUUAAGUAUUUAAGAAUUUUCGUGUGAUGCUUUUCAUUCGUUCGAUUGAUUUCAAAUCAAAGAGAAACAUUGGAAAUAUACUUGUGUUGGAAAAGAAGCUCCGUCUGCG